UCAGAGAGGAACCGGAUAUGAGAGGCGGUGUGGAGUGAGAGGUGGUGUUGGUGGCCUUAUGAGGCGUCGCGUCAACAUGGUGGAUUACAGCGUCUGGGACCACAUUGAGGUGUCCGACGAUGAGGAUGAGACUCAUCCCAAUAUCGACACUCCCAGCCUCUUCCGAUGGCGGCAUCAGGCUCGAAUCGACAGAAUGGAACAAUUCCAUAAGGAGAAAGAGGAGGUAGAAAAAGGGUACCGAGAGUGCAGGAAGAAGCUAACUGAGUGUCAGAAGAAGAUGAAAGAACUUGAAUUGGCUGAAACAGAGGGCACCAAAAGUGAACUACCAAGGCUACAGGCUGAGGCAGAGCAUCUCAAGAAAGAGGAAAAGAGCUGGGAAGAGAAAAUGGAGGCACUCAGGAAGAAGGAAAAGAGCAUGCCUUGGAAUGUGGACACCCUUAGCAAAGAUGGUUUCAGUAAGAGUGUCUUCAAUGUUAAGCCUGAGCUUCAAGAGGAGGAGUCUGAAGAACAGAAAGAAAAGAAGCACAAAACAUUUGUGGAGAAGUAUGAGAAGCAAAUCAAACACUUUGGAAUGCUGCGGCGAUGGGAUGACAGCCAGAAAUACCUGUCUGACAACCCGCAUCUUGUGUGUGAGGAGACAGCCAAUUACUUAGUCAUCUGGUGUAUUGAUCUGGAAGUAGAAGAGAAACAUGCCCUAAUGGAGCAGGUGGCUCAUCAGACCAUAGUUAUGCAGUUCAUCCUGGAACUGGCCAAGAGCUUGAAGGUUGACCCAAGAGCUUGUUUCAGGCAAUUCUUCACUAAAAUCAAGACUGCUGACCAGCAGUAUAUGGAGGGCUUUAAUGAUGAACUAGAAUCCUUCAAAGAGAGGGUGCGAGGCCGGGCCAAGGCACGCAUUGAAAGAGCCAUGAAAGAGUAUGAGGAAGAGGAGCGACAGAAGCGGCUGGGGCCUGGGGGCCUUGAUCCAGUGGAAGUGUAUGAAUCACUCCCGUCUGAGCUACAGAAAUGCUUUGAUGUGAAAGAUGUUCAGAUGCUACAGGAUGCUAUCAGCAAAAUGGAUCCUACUGAAGCUAAAUACCAUAUGCAGCGAUGCAUUGAUUCUGGCUUAUGGGUGCCAAAUGCACGAACAGCAGAUGGAGCAGAGAAGGGCGACAAGGCUGAAGGUGUCUAUGAGGAGCUUAAAAGGGAGAGCAGUGAGGAAGACAAAGGAAACCCUUAAAGCUUUGGCCAGAUGCCUGUAAAGCAGAAAACUCCUAUCAACCACUGUCAUUCUUCCUUCCUUUCACACCAAACUAUUCAGCGAUAAUGUGCUUUAUACAUUUAGACACUUCUUGAAUUGUAUGAGCUGCUUCUUGACUGGCUCUCUUGCUUACCGCAUCACCACACACCCCCACACCCUGAGGUCCUGCAGCAUUGUCACCCGUUGGAAGUCAACAUCUUAGGUGAAGUCAUGCAGUAUUGUGCAAGCUCACGGGGGCUUGGCACGGCUGUGGUAAUCAUGCCAGUCAGUGUCGUAGUUACAAAUAUGCUGUUAUAUCUUUUUGUUUGGCAACCAGUUAAAGCUAUUGAGCAAAUAAAAAGAUUGAAAUAGCUGAGAAUGGAAUGGA